GAGCACCCCAUGGAAGGUCCGGCUCACCUGACGUUAAACAGCGAAGGGUCCUUACUGUUCUCCGAGGGGGGGGCCGGGAGAGGAGGAGCCGGCGAUGUGCACCAGCUGACAAAAGGCAAGGAGGAGUUCGUGGCGACCUUCAAAGGCAAUGAGUUCUUCUGCUACGACCUGUCCCACAACCCCAUCCAGAGCAGCACCGACGAGAUCACGCUGGCCUUCCGCACCCUGCAGCGCAACGGGCUGAUGCUGCACACGGGCAAGUCGGCAGACUAUGUCAACCUGUCCCUCAAGUCCGGGGCCGUCUGGCUGGUCAUCAACCUAGGCUCAGGAGCCUUCGAGGCCCUUGUGGAACCCGUCAACGGCAAGUUCAACGACAACGCCUGGCACGACGUCCGGGUCACCCGAAACCUGCGCCAGCACGCAGGGAUUGGACACGCUAUGGUGACCAUCUCAGUGGACGGAAUCCUGACCACCACAGGCUACACACAGGAGGAUUACACCAUGCUGGGCUCUGACGACUUCUUCUACAUUGGGGGCAGCCCCAACACAGCUGACCUGCCGGGCUCGCCCGUCAGCAACAACUUCAUGGGCUGCCUCAAGGACGUCGUCUAUAAGAACAAUGACUUCAAACUGGAACUGUCCCGCCUGGCCAAGGAAGGGGACCCCAAGAUGAAGCUGCAAGGGGAUCUGUCAUUCCGCUGUGAGGAUGUGGCUGCCCUGGACCCCGUGACCUUCGAGAGUCCCGAGGCCUUCGUGGCACUGCCCCGCUGGAGUGCCAAGCGCACGGGUUCGAUCUCCCUGGACUUCCGCACCACCGAGCCCAACGGGCUGCUGCUUUUCAGCCAGGGCCGGCGGGCUGGCGGCGGGGCCGGCAGGUCUGAGGGGCUGGAGGAGGUAACACAGGGAAUGGCUUCCCUUUCUGGGCUCAAGCUAUGGGGUGUGUCAACCUCCUGCGCAUCCUCUGAGGAUUUGCUCAGGAGCCCUGCUGGGAUCAGGGCCUUCAUGGCAGAGGCAGGACGUCCCUUUCUGGGUAUGGCUUCCCUCCAUGCUGCCUUCCCUCGAUCCCCAGGAUCCAUCUCGGUGAACAGCCGCAGCACGCCGUUCUUGGCCACAGGGGAGAGCGAGAUUCUGGACCUGGAGAGCGAGCUGUACCUGGGCGGCCUCCCCGAAGGGGGGCGGGUGGACCUGCCCCUGCCGCCAGAGGUGUGGACAGCGGCACUCCGGGCCGGCUACGUGGGCUGCGUGCGGGACCUCUUCAUAGAUGGGCGCAGCCGAGACCUUCGGGGCUUGGCCGAGGCGCAGGGGGCCGUGGGCGUCGCCCCCUUCUGCUCUCGGGAAACGCUGAAGCAGUGUGCGUCUGCCCCCUGUCGCAACGGAGGUGUCUGUCGAGAGGGCUGGAACCGCUUCGUCUGUGACUGCAUCGGGACCGGCUUUCUGGGGCGGGUCUGUGAGAGAGAGGCUACGGUCCUGAGCUACGACGGCUCCAUGUACAUGAAGAUCAUGCUGCCCAACGCCAUGCACACAGAGGCAGAGGAUGUGUCCCUGCGUUUCAUGUCCCAGAGGGCCUACGGACUCAUGAUGGCCACCACCUCCAGGGAGUCUGCUGACACCCUGCGCCUUGAGCUGGAUGGGGGGCAGAUGAAGCUCACUGUCAACCUUGACUGCCUGCGCGUCGGCUGCGCACCCAGUAAAGGCCCCGAGACGCUCUUUGCCGGGCACAAGCUCAAUGACAACGAGUGGCACACGGUGCGGGUGGUGCGGCGUGGCAAGAGCCUGCAGCUGUCCGUGGACAACGUGACCGUGGAGGGACAGAUGGCUGGAGCCCACACGAGGCUGGAGUUCCACAACAUCGAGACGGGCAUCAUGACGGAGCGGCGGUUCAUCUCCGUGGUGCCCUCCAACUUCAUUGGGCACCUGAGUGGGCUGGUGUUCAACGGCCAGCCCUACAUGGACCAGUGCAAGGACGGCGACAUCACCUACUGCGAGCUCAAUGCCCGCUUUGGCCUGCGUGCCAUCGUGGCCGAUCCCGUCACCUUCAAGAGUCGCAGCAGCUACCUGGCACUCGCCACGCUCCAGGCCUACGCCUCCAUGCACCUCUUCUUCCAGUUCAAGACCACGGCGCCUGACGGGCUUCUCCUGUUUAACUCGGGCAACGGCAAUGACUUCAUCGUCAUCGAGCUGGUCAAGGGGUACAUCCACUACGUGUUUGACCUGGGGAAUGGCCCGUCCUUGAUGAAGGGGAACUCAGACAAACCAGUCAAUGACAACCAGUGGCACAAUGUGGUGGUGUCCAGGGACCCGGGCAACGUGCACACGCUCAAGAUCGACUCCCGCACGGUCACGCAGCACUCCAACGGCGCCCGAAACCUCGAUCUCAAAGGGGAGUUGUACAUUGGUGGACUGAGCAAGAAUAUGUUCAGCAACCUGCCCAAGCUGGUGGCCUCCAGGGACGGCUUUCAGGGCUGCCUGGCCUCGGUGGACCUCAACGGACGCCUCCCAGACCUCAUCGCCGACGCCCUGCACCGCAUCGGGCAGGUGGAGAGGGGCUGUGACGGCCCCAGCACCACCUGCACCGAGGAGUCCUGUGCCAACCAGGGCGUCUGCUUGCAGCAGUGGGAUGGCUUCACCUGUGACUGCACCAUGACUUCCUACGGAGGCCCUGUCUGCAAUGACCCCGGGACCACAUACAUCUUUGGGAAGGGGGGAGCGCUCAUUACCUACACGUGGCCCCCCAAUGACCGGCCCAGCACGAGGAUGGACCGCCUGGCUGUGGGCUUCAGCACCCACCAGCGGAGUGCUGUGCUGGUGCGGGUGGACAGCGCCUCCGGCCUCGGAGACUAUCUGCAGCUGCACAUCGUAAGGACCCAGCACCCCACUCUCCGAGACCCUCUGUAUCUUCUGACCUUCCUGAAUGUGGUCAAGGGCCUCUUUGGGCCUUCCAAGGCAUUCUUCUGCAGGCUUCAGAGAGGUCCCACCUUUGUGACUGCCCCUCAACCAGCUGGGCCACUGGUGCCUCCUGCCCCCAACUUAAACCUGCUAAAUGCCCCCCCUGCCCACCCCCCACCUUGGGAAACCUACUGUCUUUCUAAACUUUUCCAAGGAAACUUUGAUAACGAGCGCCUGGCGAUUGCUAGACAGAGAAUCCCCUACCGGCUUGGUCGAGUAGUAGAUGAGUGGCUGCUCGACAAAGGCCGCCAGCUGACCAUCUUCAACAGCCAGGCUGCCAUCAAGAUUGGGGGCCGGGAUCAGGGCCGCCCCUUCCAGGGCCAGGUGUCUGGCCUCUACUACAACGGGCUCAAGGUGCUGGCGCUGGCCGCCGAGAGCGACCCCAAUGUGCGAACCGAGGGCCACCUGCGCCUGGUGGGGGAGGGGCCGUCCGUGCUGCUCAGUGCAGAGACCACGGCCACCACCCUGCUGGCCGAUAUGGCCACCACCAUCAUGGAGACCACCACCACCAUGGCCACGACCACCACGCGCCGGGGUCGCUCCCCCACGCUGAGGGACAGCACCACCCAGAACACAGAUGACCUCCUGGUGGCCUCGGCCGAGUGUCCGAGUGAUGAUGAGGACCUGGAGGAGUGUGAGCCCAGUACUGGUGAGUGCCUUUCCCCCCUCCCCUGCCCCGGGGCCCUCCACGACGCUGGGGAGGGGGGCGACUGUCCCUGCUACCUGGUCCAAGCCCUCGGGCCUGCUGCCAGGCCUUAG